ACAAAAAAAAACAACCAAAAAAAAAAAGAAAGAGAGAAACACCUCGUCGGCGGUUGGGGUUGGGCUGAGCCAACUCGCGGCGGCGGCGGCCGGUCAGCGUCCGCGACCCUUCGCCCCCGUGACGGCGCGGGCCUCCCCGCACCCGAGCUCCCAGAAGCACCCAGCGCCGCGGCUCUCCCGUUCCGUGGUUUGUGUCGUCCCCGCCUCAAAUCCCCACGCCCCCGCAGGCCGCAGCCGGGCGUGCGCGCGCUUGCCGCCGGCGGGCGAGAGGGGGGCGCUGCGGAGAUGUCGGUCCUCAUAGUGACCAGUGUGGGGGACAUCGAGGUGGACCUCCACGCCGACCUGUGCCCCCUCACCACCAAGAACUUCCUCAAGCUCUGCAAGAUGAAGUAUUACAAUGGUUGCCUGUUCCACAAGGUGGAGAAGGAUUUCCUGGCACAAACUGGGGACCCAACUGGAACAGGAGCUGGAGGCGAUUCUGUAUACAAGUUCCUUUAUGGUGACCAAGCUCGAUUUUUUGAUGAUGAGAUCCGUCCUGAGCUCAGGCAUUCAAAAAAAGGAACUAUUGCUAUGGCAAGUGCUGGUGAAAACUGCAAUGCCUCGCAGUUUUACAUCACCUUGCGGGAUGACGUGGACUACCUUGAUGAUAAACACACUGUGUUUGGUAUAGUUGCCGAAGGCUUUGACACACUGACAAAGAUAAAUGAAACAUAUGUUGAUGAUAAAGGGAGACCAUUUAAGGACAUCAGGAUUAAACAUACAUAUGUUUUGGAUGACCCUUUUGAUGAUCCUCCUCAGCUCAGUGAACUCAUUCCUGAGAAUUCUCCUGUAGGGAAACCACAGGAUGAGAUUGCAGAAGAACGUUUAGAGGAUAGCUGGGUUCCUCUGGAUGAUACAGUGGCUCCUGAAGAACUUGAGGAGAUGAUCCGCUCCAAAGAAGCACAUACAAAUGCUGUGAUUCUUGAGAGCGUAGGAGAUAUUCCAGAUGCUGAAAUCAAACCACCAGACAAUGUUUUAUUUGUUUGUAAACUCAACCCAGUAACACAAGAUGAAGAUUUAUACACAAUUUUUUCUCGUUUUGGAACUGUGACAUCAGCUGAAAUAAUCCGUGAUUACAAGACCGGUGAUAGUUUAUGCUAUGCUUUUAUUGAAUUCGAGACAAAGGAGGCUUGUGAACGUGCAUUCUUCAAGAUGGAUAAUUGUUUGAUUGACGAUCGAAGAAUACAUGUUGACUUUAGUCAAAGCGUUUCAAAACUGUGGGGUCAGUUCAGACAGAGCAAAAGAAAUGCAAAUAAAGAUGGGUGUUUCAAGUGCGGUGCACCUGAUCACAUGGCCAAAGACUGUGACCAGGGAACUGAGCAGAAAAACAAAGGCCCGAAUUAUGUCCUGAAAGAUGAAAACACUCAACGUGGUGGGAAUAACCGUCGAAGCUAUGAUCUCAUCUUUGAUGGAGAUGAUGAAAAUUAUACAGAUCAGCAAGAUCCUGGAAGUGCUGACCGACAAAAAAUCCAAAGAACAGAUGACUGGAGAUCAGGUCUGCCACCUCGGGAUGACCGUGAUAGGAUUAAUCAAGAGAGAACUCGCAGUGAUGAGAAUGGUAAGGAAGGUGAUAGGGACCGAGGGAGUCGGAAGCAUGAGGACUACUGCCAUCACGGUAAACCUGGUGAACGUAACUCUAGUAGGUACGAUGAUCGUGACUACAGCAAGCACGAGAGCAGGAACAAAUAUAGGGAUGGCGAUGAUGAUAACAGACGUCAAUCAAGAGGCAGCCGAUAUGGCAUGGAUAAGUAUGAUGGUGAACGGCGCUACAGAGAAGACGAUGGCCAUGGGAGGAGUGACCGGAGCAGCGAUCGCCACAAGAGAGACGAAAGUGAUGACAGGAAAAGAAGCCCAGAUGCUGGUAGGCAUAGAAGAGAAGACAGGGUGCACCGUGAGACGAGCAAGCAUCGGGAAAGAAGGCACAGAGAUGACAGAUAGGACCCUUUAUCAGCGUCAGUUUUGCCUUGCCUGUUUCUUAGUAUGCAUUUACUCUGUAUCCCUUAAUCCAACGCUAGAAUCGGUGUGUACACACUACGAGAGCUUCCCACCAGCGACAGAUUGUUGUAGCUUGUAGACUUCUUUUUUUCCUAAACAUGC